GAAACGGUGGGCCCGGGCGGAAGCCGGAAGCGGCGGAGCGGGGCCGCGGCUGUGGCGGUGCUGGGUGCGGGGCCAUGGCGGAGAAGUUCGACCACCUGGAGGAGCACCUGGAGAAGUUCGUGGAGAACAUCCGGCAGCUCGGCAUCAUCGUCAGCGACUUCCAGCCGAGCAGCCAGGCCGGGCUCAACCAGAAGCUGAAUUUUAUCGUGACCGGCCUACAGGAUAUUGAUAAGUGCCGACAGCAGCUUCAUGAUAUCACUGUCCCGUUAGAAGUUUUUGAGUACAUAGAUCAAGGUCGAAACCCGCAACUGUACACCAAAGAGUGCCUGGAGAGGGCUCUGGCAAAAAACGAACAAGUGAAAGGAAAGAUUGACACGAUGAAGAAAUUUAAAAGCCUGUUGAUUCAAGAACUUUCUAAAGUGUUUCCAGAAGACAUGGCUAAGUAUCGAAGCAUCCGAGGGGAGGACCACCCCCCUUCCUAACUCAUGCUCCCUGUGUGAAGACACUCCAAGUCCUCUGAAUCGCCUUGACCUUCAGACAGCUUGACUGAGCGGCCCGGCGCUGCCUGCCUGGGCCUGGACCGCUCCUCCAGCCUCCUGUCCUUGUCAUUGGCCUCGGGAGCGGCAGGGCCUGGAGGGCUUGUGGAGCCGUGCUGUGCACCUGUGGGCCCUCUGUCCCGGACCUGCGUCUGUUUGUCCUCAGGCUUUCCCACGGCUGGUGACCCUGCAGCUUUGCAAUGCGUUUUGCUCUCCACGGGGAAUAGUCUUGGAGAUACUCAAUGUGAUAGGUAAAGUGCAAGGUUUUAAAAAUUCUGCCUGAUACUUUUGUUUUUAUGUACUCUUUCUGUUCCAUUUCAUUAUAGUGUCAAAGAAAGCUAAAAAAGAAAAUAAAUAAAAGGAAAAAUUUAAAAAUAUUGGUUAUAUGAGAAGUACUUGAAUUGGUUUUCUAUUUCAUAUUUUCAAGUACAGUGCAUAGAAUGUAUUCAAUGUAACUGUGACAUGGAUUUCAUUAAGACAUAAUAAAAUCUUCAGUAUUUACAUGACUUA